AGCUGGCUCAUAAUUGUGAGUUGCGAGACACACUCACUCACUCACUCAUAGCAGCAGCAUAAGAAGUAUCGCCUCCAUCACUCUGGGGUUUGGCUUUUUCCUUCUUUGAACAACAAAACCCCAAUCUGUUUCCUUUGCCUUCUACUCCCUACGACAAACAACAACAACUUCUUUUUACUUUCAUAUUCUCUCCUCUUUCAUUAACGAUCUCUACGAAGUUCUUUCACUCAAACACACCCUUAAUACACCCUUAAUUAUAUCGCAUUCUCUUUCUCUUACCGUUAGAAUUAGAUUGCACUUAUUCCUCUCUCUCCCUCUUUUUCUGGAUCUUCAACUUCUCCCUGAUUUUGCUGAUUUGGGGGAUUGAGUUGGAAGGGGAAACAUGGCUGCUUCUUCUGCAUCUCUUUCUGGUGCUUCUGCUUCGGAUCUUCUGAGGAGUUCAACCAGCGGUUUCAAUGGUGUUCCUUUGAGAACCUUGGGGAAGGGAAAGUUGGUUUUGAAGAGGAGGGACUUUACAGUUGCUGCUAAGCUGAGGAAGGUGAAGAAGCAUGAAUAUCCUUGGCCUGCUAACCCUGAUCCCAAUGUGAAAGGUGGGGUGCUGAGCCACCUUUCCUUGUUCAAGCCACUCAAGGAGAAGCCAAAGCCUGUCACUUUGGAUUUUGAAAAGCCUCUUGUUGAUCUGCAAAAGAAGAUCAUUGAUGUACAGAAGAUGGCGAACGAAACUGGACUGGACUUCAGUGAUCAGAUUCUCUCAUUGGAGAACAAGUACCAGCAGGCUUUAAAGGAUCUGUAUACGCAUCUGACUCCUAUUCAGCGGGUCAACAUCGCACGGCACCCUAACAGGCCAACUUUCCUUGAUCAUGUCUUUAACAUAACUGAAAAGUUUGUUGAACUCCAUGGUGAUCGGGCAGGUUAUGAUGAUCCUGCUAUUGUUACUGGUCUAGGGACUAUAGAUGGUAGAAGCUACAUGUUCAUCGGUCACCAAAAGGGUAGAAAUACUAAAGAAAACAUUCAGCGUAACUUUGGGAUGCCAACUCCUCAUGGUUACAGGAAGGCCCUUCGCUUGAUGGAAUAUGCAGAUCAUCAUGGGUUCCCCAUAGUUACUUUCAUUGACACGCCUGGGGCAUAUGCUGACCUUAAAUCAGAGGAACUAGGACAGGGUGAAGCGAUUGCUCACAAUUUGAGAUCCAUGUUUGGUCUGAAGGUGCCAGUUAUAUCUAUAGUUAUUGGAGAAGGUGGUUCGGGUGGUGCCCUAGCCAUUGGAUGUGCUAAUAAAUUACUCAUGCUUGAAAAUGCUGUUUUUUAUGUUGCCAGUCCAGAGGCAUGUGCAGCAAUCUUGUGGAAGACCGCCAAAGCUUCUCCAAAGGCUGCUGAGAAAUUGAAGAUUACUGCCACUGAAUUGUGCAAAUUACAAAUUGCAGACGGUGUUAUACCUGAGCCACUUGGUGGUGCACAUGCAGAUCCAGAGUGGACCUCUCAACAGAUAAAAAAGGCUAUCAAAGAAACCAUGGAUGAACUCACGAAGAUGAACACAGAAGAACUGUUAAAACAUCGCAUGCUUAAGUUCAGAAAGAUUGGUGGAUUCCAGGAAGGUAUUCCUAUAGAUCCCAAGAGAAAAGCCAACAUGAAGAAGAGGGAUCUAUCUAUUGCUAAGAUUCCUGAUGCUGAACUAGAAGUUGAGGUUGAGAAACUGAAGCAACAGGUUUUGGAAGCUAAGGAAUCUUCUCCUGUUCCUCCAAAACUAGAUCUGGAUGAGAUGCUAAAGCAACUGGCAAGGGAGGUCGGUCUAGAAUACUCUGAGGCAGUUAAAGCCACGGGCUUGACAGACAGUUUGCUGAAACUAAGGGAGGAAGUUUCAAAAGCAAAUGCAGAUAGUCAAAUUGUUGAUCCAUUGCUGAAGGAUAAGAUAGAAAAGCUAAGGGUGGAGUUUGAACAGCAAUUGCGUGCAGCUCCCAAUUAUGGUAGGCUGCAGAAUAAGUUUAAGUAUCUGAGCGAAUUAUGUAAAGUAAAGCUUCUUUCAGAUGCAAACAAGGACAAUCAGGCUGUCACCUUUAAGCAAGAGUUGGAGAAAAAAGUUGAUAAUGCCUUGAAUGAUCCAAAAAUAAGGGAAACAUUUGAAGCAUUAAAGGCUGAAAUUAAAGGUGCUGGUGCAUCCUCGGCAAGUGAUUUGGAUGACGAGUUGAAGAAGAAAAUCGUUGGGUUUAUGAUAGAACUAAAAGAAGUAAAAGAAGUAAAAGAAGUAAUAGAAAAUCAAAUUGAAAGUUUGGUAAACUCAUCGGAUGAUAUUAAGAGCAAGAUACUGCAAUUGAAAUUGGAGCUUCCUAAGGCUGGAGAGACGCCUGAUUCAGAAUCAAAUAAUAGAAUUGGUGAUUUUAUAUUUAAAAAAUCAUCUAAAAUUAUUAUGGCCAUACUUCUUAGAGACAUGUUUUGGUAAUUUUAAGGAGAUACCGUGUUAAUGGUGGCUAAUAUUUUUUCUAUAAUCUUCCAAUAGAGGACCAGAAGAGGGAAUAAAAUUGAAAACCAUUUUGUAUUUGUUUGAGUCACAAUGUUGCAGUUAUAUUUAGAUUGACUUUUUAUGUUUUCUUUUCUUUUCAUGUUCAUUUUGCUCUUUUUUAAUUAUUUAAAAUGUUAAAGUUCUCCCUGAAUAGACUUGGAUGAACAUUGUAUAAAUUGUUUGAGUUUGAGGAACCGAGUAAUAAUAUGACGCGUGGUGCUGUAAUGUUAUUUGCAA